CCUCGUGGGCGCGGACACCGAGAGGAGAAGGCCGCGCCGGGCCAGGCGGAUGGCUCACGCAAUAAAGACGUUUCCCUGCUGCUUCGCAUAAUUUUCCCAGGAAAGCAGGCGGCACUCUUUUGAACUGCAAUCCGAAUUCCCUGGAUCUGGAUUUCAGGAUCCGGCUCCCUGAUCCGGUGAUGAGAGAAAGGAAGGCGAGAUCAUCAUGGUUCCUUGGCGGAUAGGCCGUUGCUUCUCCACAAUAUUUACCCAAAGGGGUUCUGUCUGUCCUUGGCUUUGUUCUGUGCACAGUUUAAGAGUCGUUCCUGGAAAAAGACUGAUAUGGCCCCAAAGCCCACAAUCCACAGGUUUUCUGGACCGGAGGCUUAUUACCACGUCCCUGGCAGUCUACAAGUUACACAGCAGGGAUUCGAAAGAGAUGGCCAGCUCAUCAGAAGCCCUUCCUAAAGAGGAGGAGGAAGAGGAGAAAUUAGAUGCCGAUGAAAGCUUUGGGUUGCUGACUCAGAAAUAUUCUUCCAGGCGCUUUUUUCGUGCAGCAUCGGCUGAUUUUCACAACUUGCGGCUCCAAACCGAAGACGAGGCGGAGGAGGAAUCAGAAGUAAAACCGAGGCGAGGCCGAAGGAAUACCUCAUACUGGUAUUUUUUGCAGUGCAAGGCAUUGAUAAAGAAAGGAAAGCUGGCAGAGGCCCUAGAUCUGUUUGAGAUACGGAUGCUGAAGGAAGAACGUCUCUGGCCUGAGGAGAGCAACUACACGGUGCUGAUUGGUGGAUGUGGCCGAGCUGGCUACCUGAAGAAGGCCUUCAGGCUCUACAAUGAUAUGAAAAAGCGAGGCCUGACGCCUACCCUUGCCACAUACACAGCCCUGUUCAAUGCCUGCGCGGAGUCGCCCUGGAAAGACAGCGGUCUGCAGAGCGCACUUAAGCUACGUCAGGAACUGAUACAAAAAGGCUUGGAGUUGAAUCCAAUUGCAUAUCGCGCUUUGUUGAAAGUCUGUGCUCUGUGUUCAGAUCUCCACAUGUGCUUCGAUAUAUUAAAGGAAAUGGUGGGGAAGGGCCAUCAAAUCACCACGGACACGUUCAACGUCCUGCUCAUGGGAUGCAUAAACGACAAAGAGAAUGGGUUCCGUUACGCUUUGCAGGUUUGGCGGCGGAUGGCAAAGCUGGACCGAAAACCUGAUCAGUGCACUUACAAUUUGAUGCUCUCGGCUGCCAGAUACUGCAGCCUUGGUGACCCUGGAGUGGCUUCUAAACUGUUACUAAGACCCUCGGAGGAACACCCAACUGUCCUGAGGCUGAAUUCUGGCAGAGAGCAAAGAGCAAAGGGUCCGAGAAUGAAAAGAGGCAAUGUUCCAGCUUUAGUGUCAUUAGACGUCGAAGCCCUGGAAAAGCAGAUGUUCCCGGAAAAUGACAGCAAAACUGAGAAACAUAACAGAAACAGAGAUGAUACUAAGGGCCGUACAAAGCCAAAGAGAAGCAAUCACUCUGAUUUAUCAGACUGUGUUACGGACGGGAGUUUGGUGAUCUCUGAUCAGAUCCAGUUGGUUCCAGAAUCAACAGAAGAAAUCUCUCCCUCCGAGCCUGCCUUUCCCUUCCCCAACUUGCUGGAUUUGCAGAGCCCAGCUCCAAACGUGAUUUCAUUAGGGGCCGUGGCAACACCCUCUGACCGGCUAGCUCUGAUGGGAAACCUGGAAGGGUUCUUAAAAAAAAUGAAGGACGACGAGGUGGAGGGAAAUAUUAGAACGUUCAUAUUGCUAGCCGAAAAUGUAGAACCCGGGAGCCCGUCAGAAUCGUCCUUGUUGGCCGUCAUGGAGGAAAAUAACCUGAAACCAGAUGUAGCUUUUUUUAAUACGUUGAUCAGAAAAAAGAGCAAGAGAGCCGAUCUGGAGGGGGCAAAGAGCUUGUUGCCUUUAAUGUUGAAGAAAGGAAUUUCACCGGAUCUAUAUACAUUUUGUAACUUAGCCAUUGCCUGCCACAAACAGGAAGAUGGAAUGCAGUUGCUGUCAGACAUGAAGCGGUCUGGAAUAAAACCCAACGUGCAGAUCUACGGUGCACUUAUAAACGCAGCCGUGAAGAGACUCCAUUACACUUACCUCAUAGAGAUCCUAAAAGACAUGAGCAGGAACCAGGUUGCUCCGAACGAAGUUGUUAUUAACCAGCUGGAGUUUGCAGCCCAGUAUCCCCCUAAUUUUGAUAAGUACCAGAAAAGGGACCGUUAUCUAGAGAAAAUCGAUGGCUUCCGAGCUUUCUAUUUCCGCUGGCUUAAGUGGAUGCCGGGAGAAGAUACGCCACAUCCUUGGGCAAAAUACCGAAGUAAGAAGCUGGCAGAAAGCAAAGACAGCACAGGGCCAGAACAAGACCAUGGCAGCCAGGAGAAACAAUGAAGGAACCGUUGGCCGUUCAUAAUGAUGAAGAUCAGUUGUGAUACCAACACCGUUUUUAAAUUGCUAAUUCUGUGGACAUCUGUUCACAUGAAGCUCAAAUUAACCCUAGGUGUGUAUAUACAAUU